CCGACGUUCUGCGUCCUGUCACGCCGCCGCCUCGAGAUCACGGCGGCCUGUCGGCGUCGGUCAGCCGGCCCUCGCCCAUGUCGCCCAAAACGACGCCCAAGCGCAAGCGCGGCUCGCCGACCAAGCCCAAGCAGCCCGUCGCCAUGUUCGUCAACUACUCGGCGCAGGACGCGAAAAAGCUCCUCAACGGCGUCGCGCCUUCGGGCUCGACCAAGAAGCGUCGCGAGGAAGAGGACGCACAGCGUCAGCGAGGCGACAUGUCGUCGUCGAUCCUGCUCGACGACCCUGCGUCGCUCCCGGUCCUCCCCCUCCCCUUUGCGACUGGCUCGCACUCGUCCGCCUUUUGAGCUCUCUCCUCUCCCCUCUUUCCCUCCCCCCUCUCACGUUGUGCAUUUCUCUAUCUAGUUACCCCCUCUUGACGUCCAUACCUCGUGGCCUCGACUCUCUCGCAUAGCCACCUCCCUUCGUGCCUUUCCUCCUCCUUCUUCAACGUGUCCUUCCUAGCGAGCGCGAGCUCGCGUCGCACGCCUUGUAGCUCUCUCCUCCCUCAUUCAUUCGGCGCAAUGCCACGUCGUCCUCC